UUAGUGGAAGCACCAUCAGCAUGAACACCUAUUAAUGCCAUCGAUCGAUGCUGCACGAGCUCUGUGGCAUUCCAACUAAAUUCUCUGCACGGGCGGCUACCUGGAACAAUUGCAUACUGAGUUGACCGGUCCGAAACAUGGCUGCCCCAGAGCCUACCGGUCAAGCAGGUGUUGCCCCAGAAGCUACCGCCGUGCCUCCGCCUGCAGCUGCGUCACCUCCCCAUCAUGUUGCUCCUGACGCUGCUGCAGCUGCUGGCGCCGCUGCACCUCCACCUGCACCCGGCGGCUCCGGAGCCGUUCACCAAGAAGUUGCUCCUGCCGCUGCAGCCUGCGUCUGCCCAGCAGCUGGAGGUGCCGCUACUGAUGCGCAAGCACACGUUCCAGAAGCGGCAGCUGUGCUUGCAGCGCCGCCGCCGCCCGUAUCCCCUCCCCACGGCGCCUUUGCAGAACCCAAUCAAGCCGCUGCUAACAUCCCGCCUACUGGCGUAGCUGCGUCACCUCAACCUCCAGAUGUUGCCCCAGCCGCUUCAAUUCCCCCUCCCGUACCUGCGGUGCUCUCACAAAUUGGCGCCGACGCAGCAGGCAUUCCACAGAAUGAACCGCCGAUAUUGCAAGAAGGCGCCCAACAAAUGGCCCCACCAGGUCACGGCGGAGCCGGCAUUGCGUCGCCCCCGCAUGUAGCGUCACCCGCACGAGUGGCAUCACCUCCACCCGUAGCAUCUCCUCCACGCGUAGCAUCUGUUCCCCCUGUAGCGUCCCCUCCACGCGUAGCAUCUAUUCCCCCUGUAGCAUCUCCUCCACGCGUAGCAUCUAUUCCCCCUGUAGCAUCUCCUCCACGCGUAGCAUCCCCUCCACCCGUAGCAUCUCCUCCACGCGUAGCAUCUCUUCCCCCGGUAGCAUCUCCUCCACGCGUAGCAUCUAUUCCCCCUGUAGCAUCUCCUCCACGCGUAGCAUCUAUUCCCCCUGUAGCAUCCCCUCCACGCGUAGCAUCUAUUCCCCCUGUAGCAUCCCCUCCACCUGUAGCAUCUCCUCCACGCGUAGCAUCUCUUCCCCCGGUAGCAUCUCCCAUCCAUGUAGCAUCACCUCAACGCGUACAGUCACCACGACCUUCUGCUGGUACUUUCUCUCCAUCACGCCUAUCAUCAGCAGCUGCCCCUAUUCCGGCCGACAUAGCACCUCUUGCGCGACUCGUAUCACCAAAGGCUUCUGCCACUGCUCUUAUACAGACGGAGCCUCAACUAGUUGAAGAACUUCCACCUGAACCGUACUACCAGGUUGCAGUCAGCGAUGGCACAUCAGGCGUUAGUCAACGCAUCACCAAUUUGCUCGAGCGCAUUCCGUUUAGUGACGAUCGUAAGACCGAGUAUAUGGCCGCAGUCAAAACGUACGAGGAAGUUAUUGGCGGUCAAAUCGUCAGUGCCAAGAUGUACGUCGAAGCACGGCCUAACAUUGGCGAGUACGACGAAGAGAAGGUCGCGAGAGACAUGACCAGGGAACUGGAAGAACUCAAGUGUCAAACGAAGCGUUUAAGUCAGAGUGAUACGAGAGAUAGACGAGCAUUAGACGAACCAAGAGGAGGGAGGGAAAGCGGUAACUGGAGCAUUGAUGCGAAGAAUGCACUUGGUCCACCUAAGAGAUCUGCUGACCAGCUCUACGACGAUGCGAGACAAAGCCGUGUCGAAUGUCCUAGACAAGAAGCACGUUACAGGUCGCAAGGCGAAACUUGUUGCACCGACUUCAGAAGUCAAAUGCCGCCUUGCGAUGUACCGCAGCACUACAACAGUCGAACUGCUAUUCUACAGCCGAACGUCCUGAUUGCUAGUGGACCGCUACCUCAAGGAAUGGGAUUCCUGCAUGUCGCCCAGCAGCAGAUUAUUACUCAGGACCAGUUGGCUCAGCAACAAGCGCUACAACUGCCGUUUGCACAACAGCAAGUGCCCCCGGACCCAUUGCUUCAGCAGCAGUUAGUUCAACAGCAGGUGCCCCUUCAACAGUUGCCGCAUCAGCAGUUCCCUCAACAGCAGGCACCUUUUCAGCAGAAUCCUCCUCAGCAGUUCGCUCAACAGCAGGCACCUUUUCAGCAGAAUCCGCCUCAGCAGUUCGCUCAACAACAGGCACCUUUUCAGCAGAAUCCUCCUCAGCUUUUUCCCCCACAGCAGAUUCCUUCACAAAAUGCGCAAGUUCCACAACAAUUUCCACCACAGCAAAUUCCCCCCCAACAUGUGCAAGUUCCACAACAACCUCCACCACAGCAAAUUCCCCCACAACAGGUUCAAGAGCCACAACAGCUUCCUUCACUGCAAAUUCAUCUACAGCACGUGCAAGUGCCACAACAACCUCCACCACCGCAGAUUCACCCACAACAGGCGCAAGUGCCACAACAGCUUCCACCGCAGCAGAUGCAGCCGCAACAAACAGCUCCUCAACAAAAGGCGCCAACUAUUACCGUUCAGCUCGACACGGCUUUCGUAGGUACCCGAGUAAGUCAGACAGCGAUAGUACCACCAUUCAGUAAGGAGCAAUACCUGCCUCCAGCGCAACAGCCCGAGACACAGCGCGUUCGAUCUCUGAGCCCUCCUGUCGAAACUAGUAUUCGGAGAAGUUCUGAACCCCAGUCACCAAAAUCACCUACACCUCAGUCUCAGGCAACUGGAUUCAUGAACAGGGCAGAGCAGCUCAUACAAAGAAUCAGGCAGCAGCUCUCUCUGUUUGACCGUCGUGAUGUGUUAUCUUCAGCUACAGAAGACGAGGAUCAUGCAAGUAAGAGGAGGAAAGCUUCAGCAAGUGCGCCUGAAGAAGAAAGUGAAACUAAAAAAGGGCCCAAGAAGCAACCAACUAAGUUCAAGAAAGAGGACGUCUCUGAGAGCGAAGACGUCGAGGAAAAGUCUGCCAAGAAAGCAUCGAAGAAAACCAAGAAGGAUGAAGCAUCUGAGUGUGAAGACCUCGAGAAGGCUGCCAAGAAGACUAGGAAAAAGUCUAGAGGAGAAGAAGCGUCCGUAAGUGAAGAAGUCGAAGAAAGACCAAAGAAAGGAAGGAAAAAGUCAAGGGGAGAAGAAAUAUCGAGGAGCGAAAGCGUUGAAGAGAAGUCUUCCAAGAAAGGACGAAAACGCGACGAAAAAGGACGAAAAAAAUCUCGAGGAGAAGAGGCCUCUGAAAGCGAAGAAGAUAAAUAUUCAAAGCGAAGCAGGGCGCUUGAAGAGCAGAGGAAGGACACGAGAAAGUCUAGCAGGAAAGGAUCCGAAAGUGAAGGCAGCGAAGCUCGCAGUGACAGGAGGUCGAGUAGAGGACAUGACCAGAAGUACGGAGAGUUUGAUCGGGACGACGAGAGGCGAAUAAGAGAAGAAAAGCGAGAACGGCGGCGAGAAGAAGACAGAAGGGAUUACAAUCUCACGAGGAGGCCUGGUGAAAGAAGCGAACUAUCCGAGCCAGAUGAACGAGAACGGAGGAGGGGACACUUGAAGUCAUCUGUGCAACCACCUCAACCGCAACUAUAUCCCGCUCAAAAUGCACCACCGUUUUCAUCUUUCGUGCAAGUGCAAGGCGUUGUCCCGAAUCAAGGAUACGUUGCACAAGCUCAAGGCGUGGCCAUGCCUAGCCAGGUGCAACAAGUUGCAAUGGUGCAUCCUCUGGCAGAACAACCUAGACAGCCCGUAUUACAGCCGCUCCAGCAGCCGCUCCAGCAGCCGCUCCAGCAGCCGCUCCAACAGCCGCUCCAACAGCCGCUCCAACAGCCGCUCCAACAGUCGCCCCGGCAGUCGCCCCAUCAGAAACCGAAGCAACUAAAGACAGAAUGGUGGACCCAAAAGUUAGAAGACCGUGGCAGGUACUCACCUCAACGAAUUCGCAGCGUCAGUCCUGCCUCACGGGCCCUUGCGAGAGAUUUCGAAUUCGAAACCGAGGAGUACACUGAAUGUGAUGCGACCGAAUGUUAUGAAGACGAUUACGCGGAAGAAAGACCCCGUCAGACUCGACGCCCUGCCCGGGAUGAAAAUCGAUAUAGAAGUCGGUCUUCUGGCAAGGUACACGACGUUGACGGAACGCGUUCUCGCUGCAGCGAACCCGAGUAUGAAGCUGGGCAUAGGCGACCUCGGGAAGUGGCACAACGGAAGUCGCGGUCCAUUGAGCCUGAGUACCCGGCCGAACGAGACAGAAGCCAUAACAUAGAGAUUGGCGUCAGACUGUCGCGGACUCGGCACACUUCUGACCAGAAUCUAAGACCGCGUCGUUCUCCGCAGCCUGCAUCUCAGACAGCGCAGAAGAUUAACGUUAGUAGAGCCAGGAGCCCCGUGAUACAGCAGCAGCAAUCUACAGCGGAUGACGUCAGGGUUUACGAAUUGCGUGAAGUGACACCACAGCUGGAUUCACUCCAUAAGGUGUCACAGCAUUGUGCACCACCGCCGUAUCCAGGUAUCCCGCAGCAGCCUCAGUGCACAAUGGCUUACGUAGUGUCGAAGGAAUCUCAGCAGGACAUGGAUCAGCCUCUGAGGGUACAGUACCUGGACACGUACGAUCAGUUUGUCAGCUGGGUGUCCCCUGGCCGCGGGACGCAACAAUAAACCACGUACAGCUGAAAAAUUGCAUGGUGCACGACGUAAGCUGCAAAUAAAUUCUUAUACCAUGGG